ACUGUCAAUGCAGAUCAUUCGCUUUAGUCGACCAUUUGAUUUUCCAUUUUAGAAGUGCAGCACAAUCUGUAGAGCGGAUAAUCAUUAUCUUGCUGUUCCUACUGAUGACGGGAUUUGGAAUGGAAAUGAUUGAGGGUUCUCGUGAGAGUAGAGCAGGUUCACCUAAUAGCCUCAAGAAAGUAGACUUUGACAUGACGGCAACCACUAAACAAGAUUUCUACGAAUACAGAAGAAAGGUGAAAAGAGGAAAGUACCCUAAACCAUUCGAUGCAGACAAAAAGCCGUCACAAAGUGUCCUGAAAGACUCGACACCCAGUCCAAUCCAUCCUUUCUUCAAACGAGCUUGGAACAUUAACUACUGGACCCCGGACGUCACUACUUCUGAACUCAUAGAAAACAUGGAGGGUAUUGACCCUGACAUGUAAAGCAAACAAGAUUUGAACCUCAUGGUUGAAAUUUCCAACUAAAGAACCAUCAAUAACCUUACUUUAAUACCCCUUCAAGGGUACUACACUGUGGUUUAACUUUUUUGAUGUUUUGCUUCUGUUUUUGUUGUGUGUGCUUUGACAUUUUAUAAUAAUCAUGCCUUAAUUAAAGUUUUGAAUAUUCAUCUGCUUUAUGCUUGUACGAGUACAAAAUUUGUUUACCAAAGUAUGAAAAGUUCUAGUUAAAACUUAGAUCAAUCAUCCAUGUGGGAUAUGUAGUUUUGUGUGAAAUUUAGUAUACAUAGGAAUAAAGUAUUCUUAAACUUUGAUGAAA